AUGCGCCUAGCAAAGACUUGCUGCAGGUUCUACAUGAGCACGGCUGCUGCGUCACUGUACCGCAGCUGGCAGAGACAACUUCGGCGGAUCUGUAGCAGAGUACAGUUGAAGGCUCAGGAACUCGAACGUGAGUACGAUUCUGAGUUUCAGCGCAGCGCAACGACUGCGACAACGAAGAGUGCAAGUGCGCCCAAACAAGCGAGUGUCGGGGCUCGUCAGCGCGGUUUGCGCAUGAGCUCUCCGCUCGCUGUUGGCGCUGGAACUUGCGAGUCUGAUCUCGAGGCGACAGCCCCGACCGCACCGGAUGCAACACGCAAGGCAGCCGCACCGUCGGGUGCUCGGGAGCACCACGUGCGCGACGCGAACGGUCGGCUGUGCGGUUUUCGCAACCCGUGGACCUCGGAGGCGGACCCGCCCCCGCUAAAGGACAUCUGGCGCGUCCGCAGCGUCUGGAACAAGGAGACGAGUAGAGUGACGCAGGAGCAGCGACAAGCACUGCAGGCAGCAGCACGUACUCCGGACUGGAGUCUCGUGGGCAACGUGGAACCCCAGCAGGCGGCGAUAGCUGCCACUUGGAUUGGUCAUGCCAGCUUCAUCUUACAGUUUCCUGGGCGAAGCGAUACUGAUGAAGCGACACAGCCGACGAACUGCGCCGGGCGCCGAUACGAUCUUCCCAACGGUAUCACCACCGUGUACUUGGACCCGAUUUUCUCGGAACGGGCAAGUCCAGUGUCAUUCCUGGGCCCGAAACGGCUUGUCAGGGCAGCGCCUCUCCAAGAAUGCCCAUUACCUGAUGUUGUGUGCAUCAGUCAUAACCAUUACGAUCACUGUGAUAUUGGAACGAUUCGGGCGCUCGUAGCGAGCGCCAGGGCGCAGCGUCGUACGAUCUCCUGGCUGGUUCCUCUGGGUGUCGAGUCGUUGCUACGAGACAAGAAUCCGCUUUGGGGCGGACAAGUGCCGGCCUCGCACCAGAUCUAUGAACUGGACUGGUACGAGCAAAGGAGACUCGGGCGACUCGAGGUCACGUUUGUGCCGGCACAGCACGCUACGGGCCGCACGCUCUGGGAUCGAAAUCAGACACUCUGGGGCGGUUGGGUGCUCCGGGAUAUCGAGACGGACUUUCGAUGUUAUUUUGCCGGAGAUACUGCCUACCGCGUCAUUCGAGAGGAUGACCCGAGCUAUCCGUAUCCGACAGAAAAAGAACGCGAGCAGCUGGCGGUCCAGCACCCGCAGCGAGCACCUUGCCCUGUGUUUCGAGAGAUUGGCGACAAGUGGGGUCCCUUCGAUUUCGCCAUGAUCCCUAUUGGUGCCUAUUCACCGCGAUGGUUUAUGAGCCGCUUUCAUGUAGAUCCAGUGGAUUCGGUAGCCAUUCAUCGGGAUGUACGAGCGAGGUCGAGCGUUGCAAUGCACCACUCCACGUUUGUGCUGACGGACGAGGGCCUCGGCGAUCCGGAGCGAAGGCUUGCGCAGGCGCUAACUGCAGCAGGUUUAUCAAGCGACGAUUUCCUAGUAUGGCGACACGGGGAGACGCGUCUGGUGUAUCGAAAGACAACCGUGUAA